CCAGCCAGCCGAGCAGACACGAUCGCGAGUUGAAGUCAAAAGACAAACCUGGCCCGAACCGAAAUUCAAAACCGACCAAAAGCGAUUGCAACGAGCGUGGGCUGCAAUCGGAAGUGUUUUUAAGUUACAACAAAAAUAGUAGAAAAUUAAAUAAAAACCAAAACAGCUGGCGCCUCAACUAAUUGAGAGCCAGUGCUUCAAGACUGCUCUCUACUUUGGCUAAUUACCAAUAAUGAAAAUUGCCAAAAUUGGUAAUAGCUGAGGGAUAAUUCGGAAAUUUGUUGUGCGUGUGAACAGAGCCGUGAAAAUCAACGGCAACGGCAGAUAAAUUGGAAAUUAAAUCAGAAAUUUUGAAAGCCAAGAGUGCUCGAUUAAAAUGAAGUCUUGGCUGCUGGCUUUUGUGACCCUGGCAGCAGUCGUCUCUGGUGGACAAGGAAGCCAGACGCCCAGCGCCAAUCAAUAUCACAUCCAGACGGACGAGGGUCCAGAGCGGUACUUCCGCUUUCAGACGGACAGCGGUCAGUUUCGAAAGGAAAAGCGUCUUCAGGAUGGCACUGUUAUAGGUACUGAGGCCUGGAUUGACGCGGCAGGAUAUCUGCGCCAAAAGGAUUACAUUGCUGACAAACAGGGUUACAGAAUUUUAAAGUCCAAGACUAUUUAUGUCGGAUUGGGACGUGCUGUUGAGGAUGCUAUUAAGUCCACAAAAGCAGCGCCAGCUCAAUCAGGAGUCCUGGUCAAUGGAGGCACCUCUGGAUCCUCGGUUAACAGCUUGGGUAACUAUCAGCGUCCAAGCUAUAGUUACAUAUCCAGCACCACCUCCACUACCACUCCGGCUCCACCACUGCCACUGUCUUUGGAAUCCAUAGACACUGGUGUGGGUAAACUCAAUUAUCUGCCGCCAGAACAGGCAGCAAAGAUUGAGCCCCAGGGGCAGCUUGGAUUCGAUCAUUACCCAGAUGAGUUGCCUCGAGCUAGGGAUCAAGUGUUGUCCACCAUUGCUGGUCCUGUGGUCCACAUUCAACCGAAUGCUGAGCCACUUCCCGAGGAGGAACUGAACGCCAUCAAUGUAUACGAUGCAGAGGCGGAUCGUGCCUUUGGCCAUGGACAGUUUGGAUCGGUAAUCAGUUCCACAACAGUGCGCCCACCUUCCCUGCCUUCUCUGGACAUGUUGCCGCCUUUGAGCGCUCAUAGACGUCGCUUGCGUCCCCGCCCAACUCCUGCUCCCAUAGGCAUUGUUUCGAGUACGCCGGCUCCUAUUGCUGGCGGAAACUUGUAUGGCUACUCCACGCCGCAGCCAUUUGUGGCGCCACCUUACCAGUAUUCGCCUUCUUCCACUGCCGCUCCCAGCACCGGAUACGGUUACUACGCGCCGGUGCAAUCGCCCCUGGAGGUGAACUCCCUGGAGGCGGCUCUACUGCCACCACUGCCCUCCAGUGCCUACCGCAGGCGCCUGCGUCCAAGACCCGUCCAGAGCAAUCACUUGGAGGGACUGGCGGCCAGCGGGUACGAUGGCGUUGGGACAACCCGGAACGGAUUCCGGUAUGUGCUGCCCAAGCAGUACCACGAAGAGGAGACGAGUCCGUCGGACGGAAAGCGGGCGGGCAGCUUCGGCUACGUGGAUCCCUUCGGAAUCCGACGGGUGGUCUACUACAAUGCAGCGCCUGGAAGGGGCUUCGUGCACAGGAACAACAACCAGUAUGUGGGGGCCAAUGGGGCGCCCUUCGAUGAGCCGGGUCCGGCGCAGCUGGUCAACGAGUAGAAGGGGAACCAGUAUCCGGAAUAGAGAAAGGUGCUGCACUUAACCCACUCACCCAGACGAGGCACCAAAACUAACCGUAGAACCUCAACACACCACAGGGGAAGUUUCAGACGCAAAUGAAUCUCAAGUGCUUGGAAAACUCAAAUAGAGUACAUAUUGCGUACCUGACACUUUUUGAAUAAUAUUUACCUGUAUAUAUGUUAUGUAACCACGCUUAAAGCUUUUCUUUCUAUCUUUCUCUGACACAUACGCUGCCUAUUUAACCCUUUUCCUCCUGCACGCUCCCAAACACCCACAAAGAAAACGACAUCUGUGUUAAUUAAUUUAAUGCUUAAUCACAUUUAAAUGUAACUUAAUUUAUAAAUCGAAACUUUGUGCAAUUAGCGUAUAAAAUAGGACCAUUAGGGGUACUCACUGCCGCACAAAAAACGGAAAAUGUUGAGCAAGUGAUGGGGAAGGAGACAUCGUUUCAUGUAUUAAUCUUGCCAUAUUAACGAAAAGUAAAUAAAAAAGACAAAACUCACUGUUCAACCCUCGGUAUACCCUUCUCGCCCCAAAUAGCAUACGAUUAAACCGAUUAUGAUAACGAUACCGAUAACGAUACGUGUUUCUUGGCCAAUAGCUGCUCAUUUUUGAAGAAUGAGCACCCGUUGCCUGGAAACUUUUAGCCAAGUAAU